AUGACAGCACUUACUCUUGAAGGAGUGAUGCGUCGAUUUACAGACGUGCAUAGCCUUUCGCAAGAAGCUAUCGAAACGAUAUCUCUGUGGGUGAUGCAUUACAGAGACAAGAGGUCGAUUGACAUAAUCGUGGAGGCCUGGUUAGAAAGUUUCAAAAUAGGCACCAUACCUGCAAAACCGGCGGCGAUUGUCUUACUUGGAGAAGCAAAAAUCUUCGAUAAAGAUGCUGCUGAUACGAAGCUGCUUCUCAGCGGAAACAUUUGUAGAAGGCCUCAAGAUUGA